AUGCCGCCCAUCCAACCUUCGCAGCCUCAAAUAAUAGAAAUGGCGAAGGAAAAGUUAACAACAUACGUCUAUGAAUUUCUUCUACAAACUGGUGCCACGAAAACGGCGGAAGCUUUCAAAGAAGAGGUCUUAAAUCAAAAUCCACAGUUGCAAACACCUGUGAAGCCUUCUGAAAAAACUUUUCUUCUUGACUGGUGGGUUGUCUUCUGGGACCUCUGGUCGGCUGCUCCGGAACGAAGGGAAGGCGGCGAACCUUACAUGAAUUCUAGUUCAGCAGAAGCAAAAUAUUUUCACGAAUCGAUGAUAGGAAUACCUCCUGUAAUGAAUGGACACUUUGGUCCACCAAUGGGAAUGGAUAUGAUGGGUGGUCAUCCUGGAGCAUUCGGAGGACGGUUUCCACCCGGAAGGAUGCCUCCAACAGGAAUGCCUGGUGCCUUCCCUCCGAUGUUCAAUCCAGGAUUACAAAGGAUGCCUAAUCCAGGAAUGCGUAUGGCACCGCCCGGAGGACCGUUUCCUGGAGGUAUGGCAAGAUCUGGAGUUCCUGGAGCUCCUAUGGGUGAUAUGCCAGGAAUGCCGAGAUAUGAUUUUAUGGCUCCAGGAGGCCCUCAGCAGUUUGCUGGUGGUUCUAGUGGAAUGAUGCCGAAUGGAGCAAUGCCACAUAUGUCACUGAAUUCACCAAGCAUGGGACCACCUCCCGGGACAGAUCCGAAUAUGCCUGGAGCUUUUAUGGGAAUGGCUCCGAUGCCACCAACAAGCAGUUCCGCUAUGCCGUUUGGAAUGUCUGAACAGCCUAUGUCAGCUGGACCAGCUGGAGGAGCACCGGGACCAGGGACACCAGGAAUGGGAGGAUCUGUAUCUGGAACCGGACCAGGAAGUGUGCCACCUGUAGCCUCAACUUCUGUGGGAUCGCCCAAACAAGAAAUAACGAGUAACGGAGAAGAAAUGAAAACAGAAGCAUUAACACCGACAGGAGCUGCGAGUGGAAGUGUUGGCGCACCAGCUUCCGCAGCAGUAGCAUCUGUGUCAAUGAAUGGAGGCGGAGGAUCGGGAUCAGCCCCUGGAUCAGCGCAUAGUGUGAAUAACAAUAUAAAUCCAAGUACGCCGAGUGGAGGACCUUUAAGUAAUCCAUUGAGCAACCCAAUGAGUAAUCCACCGUUAUCAUCAGGGCCGGCUCCUGGUAGUGCGGAUGCCUUUAAAGAUGACAGUGAAAUUUCAAAAAUUCGAGAAGGCCUCCUAGAUGGAUUUAAAACAGAAGUAGCGGGAGGAGGAGGAGGAUGGGAUUGA